AUGGCCCAAUUAAACUACCGCACAAUCAACAUCGAUGUUCUCGAUCCCGAGUCAUCCGCCAACUUCCCCAUGGACACCCUCCUCCCCAGCACCCUCCCCGAACCAACAACCUCUGGCGGCGCAGCUUCAGUCGCGCAGCAAGUGCGCCAGAUGCUCCGCGGAGGGGAUCCCGAGGGCGCUCUUAGCCAUGUCUUGGAUACAGCGCCACUUAGCGGCGAUGCGCAGGCAAAGGAGGUGCAUUUGGCGACGGUGAUUGAGGUUCUGCAGGGGAUUCGGCAGGGCGAGAUGCUCAAGGUUUUGGAGGGUGUGAUUGCCGGCGAAGGUGGCACGGAACGUGCUGAUUGUCUGAUGAAAUACAUCUACAAAGGUAUGGCAGUGCAGUCGUCGACUGGCGGUACCCAAUCGCCUUCCUCGCGCAAGACUCUCUCCCCUCAGGGUACCGGCUCGGGCUUUACACAGGUACAAUCACGAAACUUUGGAGAAGGCGGCGGUGGUCAACAAAUGAGCGUGCUGUUGAGCUGGCAUGAGAAACUGGUCGAAUUGACCGGCCAUGGGACAAUCGUGCGUGUCCUCACCGACCGUCGGACUGUUUAG